AUGCCUACGUCGGAAGAAGGACUUCAUCGGUCAGAAGCUCUGGGAGCGAGAAUCCUUCUUCAUCCAAAAACGAAGAAGAAGAGGAAUUCCUCGGAGUCGAGCCGGGAACGAGGCGCUCCGAGGCCCGCGCUGGAGGAGGAGGAGCCUUCCCCGGAUCCAAAGAAGCCACUCGACCUGAUGAUGCUGUUUUUUGCUGAAGGAUCUUUGAGUGGACCACAGGAUUUAGACUUUAUAUCUGAGGAACCUGUUGUUCCCGAAAUUGUUGUUGACGAACAGAAGAACCUUUGGACGUCAGGCUGGACCGUCGCCAUCACCUGUAUGGGUGUAGCAUUGUUGGCUGGCCUGGCGGUGACUGCUUACCAUAGAUACCGACGACGAGGACAUUACAUUCACGAACUGGAAGAAGAUCUGGAAAUGGAACGAACCGAGGUGGCCAGACUGAGAGAUCGUCUGGAAACUGAACAGGAACGAAACUUGAAGACGAAGGAACGCCUGGACGCAGAGAAGAUGAUGCUAGUAGACGUUCUGGAAAAGAGUAAGCUCCAGGAAACUAAAAUGGAAUGUCUCUUGAACGGAGCUAAGGACCAGAUCGAGUUUCUACAGAAUCAAAUUGUAGAGAAAGAUCUUUUGAUUGAACAGAACGCAUUGGAAAGGAAAGAAAUGGAAAAUCGUCUGGAAGAAGAGGAGAAAGCGAGAGGCAGAGGCAUCCAGAUUUUGGAAAAAGAGAGGAAUCUCUUCCAGGAGAGGAUGGAAAGCGCUCUGAAGGAGGGAAAAGAGCUCGCCUCGAGACUUAAAGAAGCUGAAGCCACCAAUCGAGUGUUGGCUUCGGCGAAUGAAGGCUUCAAGAGGACGAAUGACCAAAUGCAAGACGCUCUGGAAGAGAAAGAGAAGGAGAUCGACAAUCUAGAAAAUUUGAAGGAAGUAUCUGCACAAGAAAUAGCUGAUCUGCAACAGAUGAAUGCUAAGAUGGAGGAGGAACUGGCCCAGAAAGAACAGGAAAUAAAUUCACUAAAGGAUUCUCUAGGAAAUGAAGAAGGAGAGAAUAGAAUUCUGACAGAAGAAGUUCAGCAGAUGAGAAAUUGGGUAGCUGAACUAGGAGGUCAGAAUGCUAAGAUGGCUGAGGAACUGGCCCAGAAAGAACAGGAAAUAAAUUCACUAAAGGAUUCUUUAGGAAAUGAAGAAGGAGAGAAUAGAAUUCUGAAAGAAGUAGUUCAGCAGAUGAGAAACUGGGUAGCUGAACUAGGCGGUCAGAAUGCUAUGCUGGAGCAGGAAUUAGCCGUUAACGAACAGGAAAUCAAGUCACUGAAGGAUUCUUUAGAAAAUGGAGAAGGCAAAAACAGAAUUUUGAAAGAAGAAGUUCAGCAGAUGAGAAAUUGGGUAGCUGAACUAGGAGGUCAAAACGCCAUGAUGGAGGAGGAACUGGCCAAUAAAGAAUUGAACAUUAAUUCACUAAAGGAUUCUCUUGGAAAUGAAGAAGGAGAGAAAAGAAUUUUGAAAGAAGAGGUUCAGCAAAUGAGAAACUGGGUAGCUGAACUAGGCGGCCAGAAUGCUAUGCUGGAGGAGGAACUGGCCAGUAAAGAAUUGAAAAUAAAUUCACUAAAGGAUUCUUUAGGAAAUGAAGAAGGAGAGAAAAGAAUUUUGAAAGAAGAGGUUCAGCAAAUGAGAAACUGGGUAGCUGAACUAGUUGGUCAGAAUGCUAUGCUGGAGGAGGAAUUGGCCAGUAACGACCAGGAAAUAAAUUCACUGAAGAACUCUUUAGAGAGUGAAAAGGAGAGGAACAGAAAUUUGAUUGAAGAAGUUCAGCAGGUGAAAAAUUGUGAAGCUGAACUAGGAGGCAAAAAGGCCCAGUUGGAGGAAGAGUUACUUGACAAAGAACAGGAAAUAAAUUCACUGAAGAAUUCUUUAGAAAACGGUGAAGAGACCAACAGAAUUCUGAGAGCUGAAGCUCAACUGAUAAGAAAUUGGGCAGCUGAAGUUGAAAGUGAAAAGGCUGAAAUAAAGAAAGAGUUAGUUGAGAGGGACCAGGAAAUAACUCUUUUGAAGAAUGGUUUAGAAAAUGAAGAAGAGAAAUACAGAAUUCUGAGUGAGGAACUCGAGCAGAUGAAGGCACGGGUGGCAGAAUUGGAAGUCACGAAUUUAGAUAUUAAAGGUGAAGUGACCGAAAAGGAUAAAGUUAUAAAGUCCAUGGAGAAUGCUCUAGAAAACGAAAAGAAGAGGAAUAAAGAGUUAAGGAAAAAAUUGCUGAAGCAAGUUGAAAGACUUGAUCACAUCGUAGCAUUCGCCCAAACCAUGGACAAAUAA